CGACAAAGUUCCUUCCUGGACACUAGGCACAAGCCAAGCCUUUGACACUGUGUGGCGGAUGGUCAAGGGCUCCAUGAUGUUGGCAGCCUCAUUCCUGCUGGCCACCCUCUGCCACUUCAGAAGGCUAUAUUUAUACUCAGCACAUCGACUGAAAUGGUGGAUUGGAUAUCUGCAGAGAAAGUUCAAAAAGAACCUCAGUGUGGAGGCAGAAGUUGAUUUACUCAGUUAUUGUGCAAGAGAAUGGAAAGGAGAGACGCCCUCUGCCAAGCUGAUGAAGAAGGCUUAUGAGGAGCUGUUUUGGCGACAUCAUAUUAAAUGUGUUCGUCAAGUGAGAAGAGAUAACUAUGAUGCACUAAGAUCGGUGUUAUUUCAGAUAUUCAGCCAGGGCCUCUCUUUUCCAUCCUGGAUGAAAGAAAAAGACAUCAUCAAGAUUCCUGAAAAACUGCUCUUUUCGCAAGGUUGCAAUUGGAUCCAGCAGUACAGCUUUGGUCCUGAGAAAUACACAGGUCCAAACGCAUUUGGAAAAUUACGUAAAUGCGUGGAAUUACUGAAAACUCAGUGGACUGAAUUUAGCGGGAUGAAAGAUUGUCAUAAGAGAGGAAGUAUGUGCAAUAUGCUGUUUUCUGACGCGAUCCUGGAAUACAGACUUUACGAAGCUUUAAAAUUCAUCAUGUUAUAUCAAGUCACUGAAGUUUAUGAACAAAUGAAGGCGAAAAAAGCCAUUCCCAGGCUUUUCAGCCUGCUGUUUUCCAGGGAGACAUCCUCCGAUCCUUUGAGCUUCAUGAUGAAUCACCUGAAUUCUGUGGGCGACACGUGUGGCCUAGAGCAGAUUGAUAUGUUUAUACUCGGAUACUCCCUUGAAGUGAAGAUAAAAGUGUUCAGAGUGUUCAAGUUUAACUCCAGGGACUUUGAAGUCUGCUACCCAGAGCAGCCGCCCCGGGAGUGGCCAGAGAUCUCCCUGCUGACCGAGAAUGACCACCACUAUCUCAUCCCCAUCUUCCAAUUCUGA